CCGAGAUGUUUCGUUCUGCCGCGGCAGGCGAGAGGGCAUCUGCUGGAUCACGUCCGAUUUGCCUGGUUGUCGGCACUUCUUCCCAAGUGGGAUAGCUUUUCAACUUCGCUGACUGCGCUCGCCGCCAAAACAACACGGCCGCUUGCCCACAAGCACAGAUUUGCAAUUCCGUGUUACGUUUGUGUAAACAUCCUCGAUCCUGCGGCUACUUAUUUGGAUACAUAGAGAGAACAAUUUUCAUGGAAUCGCGUGUGCGAUAAUUUGUUUUCUUGGAGUAAAUUAAAGGUUAAUGAAACCUAAUUGAAAAAAAAAUGUUGCCAAGUCCGAAGCAUUUUUUAAUUGCCAUACUACUUCUGGCCAUAUUCAAAUGUUCUCUGUCAGCUCAUUCCAGCAAGUCAUAUGGAUCAGUGGAUUCAUCUACUGUUUCACCAACUACUCCUCAUCCCAUAAAAACAAAGUUAAAGCAACUGAAAGAAAUGGAAGAAUCUGCAUUGAUGGGCUGGUAUGACAUGGUGAACAACUUUUUGGUGCUAAUUAAACCAGAUCAAAAAACAUUAGACUAUGUCAUAGAUUUUAUCAGUGGAAAGCAUGAACUUGAUCCCCAAGAAACUGUUUUUAAGAUUGCAAAAAUGAAUUACAUUUUUCUGACAAUGAUUAUCAUCGGCAUCGUUUAUGUGUGUGUUAUGCUGAUUUCUGGAAUCUUUUUCCUUUGUUGUCGUUUCUGUGGUCGUUGUGGUGCUAAGGAUAGUCAACGCCAAAGAAGAAGUGAUAAUUGUUGGAGGACCAUGCACAAAUUUUGUUUAAUUCUUAUGAUUGCAUUUCUAGUUGUUCCUAUUACAUGUAUGUCAAUUAUCAACGAACAUAUGAAAAAUUCUUCUCCAGCUGUCAAAGGCAAUGCUACUGAAGUUUUGGAUAUAUUGAGCAAAUUUGCAAAUGAUACUGAUGAAGAUGUUGAUAGGAUUUCUAAACAACCUUUUACCAAUAACAUGCAGAAUUUUGACAAUUUUAAGCAGCACUUUGUGGAAUUAGUGCAUGAAAACAUCACUAACUCAAUUGAUCAUGAAAAAUUAGAAGAAAUAAAGAACAUAGUGUCAUGGGUGCUGACUGUUGAAGAUCAGCAUGCUGCCAUAGUGAAUGCUUCUGUCUUAUCAAAAGCAGUGAGAGAUUUGAAAAACAGAAUAGCUUUCAUUAGGGAACAAACUCAGAAGUUGCCUAAUUGCACUGAUUCAAAGAGGAAACUGUGCCAACUGAAGUUUAAACAAUUGCCUCUAGAAAAUAUUAAUGUUGAUGAAGCUUAUGUGAAUGUCCAAAGUGAAUUCCAGAAGUUAUUAAAGCAGAAUUUUGAAGAAUUGAAAAGUGUUAUCGAUAAGAUUCAGAAUAAUACAAUAUUAAGAAACAAAAUAGAAGAAGAAAGUGAAACUUUAAGACGUUUUGCAAAUGAAGCAAACUCGAAUGACAACCAGUUCAUGGAAAAUAUGAAAAAAGAAGUAAAGCAUUACACUGAUAUGUUAAGAAAGUUUGCUGAUGGUGGUAAAAGAAAUUUGCAGCAUGUGUUUGCAGAAACAGAUGGUUACGAAUUAUACAGGUGGUGGGGUAUGUUUGGAGUUGCCGUUGUUCUUCUGAUUCCUGUAGCCUUUUUGUCAAUUGGUUUAAUUUGUGGAUGUUGUGGAUAUGAGAAAGAACGCCACCCAACAAAGCGAUCUAAUUCUUCAAAUUGUGGAGGUCUUUGCUUAAUACUGGCUGUGUAUUAUUUUUUCUUGAUUUCAUCUGCUCUGAUGCUUGUUACCAUGUUCCUUUUUGUUAUUGGCGGGAAUAUUCAAACAUUUGUUUGCAUUCCAUUAUAUCAAGAAAAUUUUGAAAUCUUAGAUCAGAUGAAAAGCAAACUUAAUCAUUUAGCUAAUGGCUCUAUUUUCCAAGAUGUGCAGCCAAGCAAUUUUCUAAAUGAUUGCCAUGAAGACAAAAGCAUUAUUUUUGCUUUAGGAUUACUUAAUGAGAGUGAUCCUAGUAGUUAUGAAAAAUUAAUUUCUCAAUCCAAUCCACAAAAACUUGCUGAUAAUGAUGAAGUUGAUCAAAAGUUGAAGAGUGCACUGUUGGAAAUAACCUCUGGCAUUAGAGAAAAACUUCAUCAAUUUUUCAAUGCUCUGAAUCUUAAAGAAAUGAAAGAUAUUCCAAACAGGUUGCAAGACAUGUUGACAAACUCAAAAGCAAACUUAUCUGCAUUCAUAGAAGAGGUAAAGGCAGCUUUGAUGGAAGAGCCAAAUGAAAAUACUGCAGCCAAUCUCCAAUUUGUCAAUGAAUCUGCUGCAAAUCUAUUUGAAUUCGUUGAUGAUUUUGAGAAAAAAUUGAAUAAUUUUUCAACACCUCUAUUGAACAUCUAUAAAGAAGCUGAUAAUUAUAAGGACAAGAUAAGAGAUACAGAAAAAAGUUUGGACAUGGUAGAAGAAAGGCUUCCUAAAGUGAUCAAAGCACAUUUAUUUGAAGCUGUUGUUUCAUCUACAGGAAUGUCAGAUACUGUGCAAAGUAUUGGAAAAUGUUUGCCUGUUUGGGUAUCUUUUGUUAUAGCUCGUACAGUCGUUUGUGAGUUUGUGGUUUAUCCAAUUAAUGGAUUUUGGUUUGGACUAGGAUGGGCUUUGGCAUUCAUCAUUCCUACCAUUCUGUUUUCUGUGAAGCUCUCCAGAUAUUAUCUUCGUAUGAAGUAUGAUGAUGAUCCAUACAUUCAUGAUUCUGGGGAGUCAAUUCCACUAGAAGACAUGAGUAGAACUAAGCCAUUUUCAUAUACAAAUCCUGGGGCAAUGAGCUGGAUGCCUCAGUUUAGUCAACACCAGAAUUACAUGGUGCAUCCUGCAAGUAGCCAAACCCGCCAGUUCCAUUAUAAAUAGGAUCUGUUUCAGAGAGUGCCUUUUGUACAGUCCUGGUUUUGGAAAGAUAUAUACAUAUAUAUAUAGCUAUACAUAUACAAAAAAGGACAUUGUUAUGAUGAAUUCUGUUGAUGUGUUCUGAAGCAUUUACCUUUCUGUUCAAAAAAAAAAAAAAAAAAACUAUUUUGCUCAUUGAAGUUACGAAAAGGAGAUUAAUUUGUUUGAAACUUAGAUUAGUUGUAUUACAGGAUUACUCUUAAAUAACUUCCCAAUGUGAUUAAAAAAUUUCUGAUCUUUUUGUGUAUCAUUGAUAUAUAUUUCCCCUUUUUAAAUUUAUCCUGAUCAUUUCUUGCAAAUGAUGUAAAACAAUUUCAAUUGAACAUUUCAAAUGGUGCUAAUUUUAUUGUAAUUUGCUGAUUUUCUACUUCAAAGACAUUUUUUUUAAAAAUCUGUGAAGCUAUGCUUUAUUUGUUUGAUAUACAUUUAUUGCAAACCUUUAUAUUAGCCUGAAAUAAAUUAUUUUUGUUGUGAUGAUUUUAUAUGAAAUUUGAAUCUUGAAUGUAGUAACUUUAAUAUUUUGUAAAUAUAUUUUUCUGUUUCAUAAGGGGCCAUUCAUUAAUUACGUAAGGAUGAUUUUGGCAAUUUUUGACCCCCCUCCCCCCAUGUAAGGGUAAGUAAGAUUUUUCAAACCCCUCCCCCCUAUCUUACGUAAGAUUCCAUUUCUUUUUUCAAAAUAAUAAAUAAUGAAUCUUACAUGACUGGAAUCAAUAUUAAAUUCACUAUUAUUAUUAUUAUUUUUUUGAAAACUUUUUGUGCUAAGAAAUAUUUGCUAAAAGGAAUUUAGACUGAAUGUUUUUUCGACAAACAUUUUUUGUAUAUGAUGCGAUACUAAUUAAGAAUAAGACAUGCUAUACACAGUGUAAUUCUUUUAUUAUAUUUUACAUUAUUCAUUCUCUGAAAAAGUAAAAAACAGAUCAUUCUAAUACGUUUUUUUACCUACCAGAAACAAAUGAAAUAUGAUCCCUGCCAAAUCACUUGACUGCAUCGAUGUGGAAAAUAUUACAUAAGAAUGGGUCUGACCCCCCCCCCCUCCUCAAGUAAGGAUAUGUAGAGAUUUUUCCACCCCCCUCCCCCUAGAGACUCUUACGUAAUUAAUGAAUGGCCCCUUAGUAGUUGCUGAAAAUUGUAUAUAAGGUCAUUAAUUUUGAAAGACGAUGAGUGAAGGAAUCCUGUAAUAUACCAAUCGUUAGUUUAAAAGUUUGCUUAGAAAAUAUAAAGAAGAGUUAUGUAAGUUAUUAUGAAUGGUGCAGGCAAUUUAUUGUUGAAUUGGUUUAAAAUUCUAAAAACUUUGCAUUUUUCGACUUGAAAUUAUGUUUGAGUAAGAUCUAUCCCUUCUUUGAUGGAAAAAGUUAUGUGAAGUUAGGUACGUUAAAAUAUUGAAAGGAUCAGCAUGUUUCUUUGAACUGUGAUAAAAAAUUAUGCAAAAAGAAAAAAAAAAUCAGUAUGUGUUGUAGUUGUGUAUUUGACGUUAGAAAUUUACAAUUCUUCAUGCACAGCAUAAAAAAGCACAUCCAUUGCUUGAUAAUUGUUGAACUAUUUAUGCAUCAUAUAUAGUGAAUGUGAAAACCCUGUGACCAAUAUCAACUGCACAAUGUGUUGCAUUAAGUAACAUAUUUUAUUGCGAAGCAGUUUAAAAUUAAAUCAUUGCUAUAAAUUUUAGACAUUUCUGGCAGUGUUAUUAUCAGUACAUGUCUUUCUUAGAGAACCGUGCUUUAAUCAAUUUGGUUUCUUAGUUUAAAAAUGGAAUAAAACUAAAUAAAACUAAAUUGUGUCAUAUUUUACAGUACUAAUAACAUUUUAGUAGGUAGCUAAGCAAAUCAAAUGAAUCCUAAUUAUUAACAGUAUUCUUUUGUUUUUGUCAUGAUCAUUGUAAAUUUCAUGUUCUCUUUGUAAUUAUUCAUCACAAAUAUCUACAUGUGUGGGGAUCAUAAAAGUCAUGUUCAACAAUUUACAAUGAACUUUUAAAUUUAUGUGUAGUGAGCAUAUGACUGUAAAUAUUUGUGUCGUUUAUUUAUCUUGUGGAGUGCUAGAAUUUUAUUUAUUAAUUUGUUCCUUCAAUGUCGAAUGUUUUGUGUUUGGCCCAUGAUAAAUGUGAAGAGUGAAUUACUUCAGAAAAGUAGCUAAAAAAUCAUGGAAGUAUUUUUAUACAAAAUGUGAAACAUUUGAAGAUUUAAUUAAUUGAUAUUUUUCUGUUUCUGUGAAAUGGGUUUUGAUAUUUAAAAAAAAAAAAACAUGCAGUACUGUAUUGUAUAUAAUAUAUAGUGAUAAAAAUGUAUUGAAGUUAAGUACAUUCUGAAUGUAAAACUUUAUAUGGCUACUGAAGUUUAUGAAAGACAUUUGCAGUGUUAUAUGUGUUACACAAUAACUAUUUAAUACGUAGACAGUUUUUACUUUGGCAAGCUGUUUCAUCCUAAAACUAUUUGGACUUUAAAAAACUUCCACAUAUCAAACUUGUAAAAUAUUUCAUUUUUGUUUUAAAUUACAUUUAUAUAUUUUGCUUUUCAUUUUGACAGAUCCUUGAUUCUUUCACCAUACUUUGCUAAGUCUUUGAUUAAAAUUGUCCCUUUUCUCAGCAUUCAAAAGUAAGAAAUAAAUUUCUGAUUAAUAAAUGUGCUUUUUGAACAUAAAAGAAGGACACAUGAUUCUUGGAGAAAAAAAAAAUUCAGAGGAUCUGACAUCAAUGCUGUUUUUUAAAAAUAUUUUUCAGUGCAAAUUUGAAAUCUUCACAUUUAUCAUGGGGCUCUAUGUUGUUGUAUUUUGUUUAAUGUAUGUUUUCAAUGUUAUUUGUAAAAACUUCUGCAAGACGUGCAUUCCCAUAUUUAUAAUUCACAGUAUAUUUUAAUAUGAAAGUUUGAAAUGCUAAAAUGAUGUCACAUUAUUUUUCUCACCAGAGAAAUUGGUUUUUGCCAGUUGAUUGUCUUCCAAAAUUUAGAUGGCAUAUAUUUUACGGAUGUGAAAUUUACAGACAUGUCAAGUCUGUGUGAACAUGAUAAUUAAGUCAUUUUGUUGCUCAUUUUUGCACUGAAUGUUAAGUUUAUCAUGAUUUUUGUCAACAAAAUAUUUUAAAUCCGUCUGUUGCAUUUUUGAAAAAAGAUGUUUGCAACUAUUCUGUUUGCAAAUUGUAAUGAACAAACUUAUAAUGUUGUGAACAUUUCACGUUUUACAGAUGUGCCAAAUAUUUAGCUUGUAAUUUUAUUGGAAAUGUGAUAAUAAAAUGUCAUGAG